AUGAAGAACAACGUCCAACAAAAGCCCCUUCAGACCGAUUCCUCGGCCACAACGAGCUCUGCACCCAGUGAAAUUGCAGAAUCCAACUUUGACGACCUCCCACCCUCGACCGGCCAUCAAUAUGGCUCCGUAGAACCACACGUCUUCACGAACCCAGUCCGCGCCGACUAUUGGAGGAACAUCUACGAAAAUGCAAAGUACGAGUGCAGACACAGGUUCGAUCCGUCGUUCCAGUGGUCUCCUCAGGGUGAAGUUAUCGUCAAAAGGAAACUCGAUUGGCGCAUCAUGCUCUGGGUGUGGGUGAUGUUUUCUUCGCUCGACCUUGUUCGUAGAAACAUCAACCGCGCCGUGUCGGACUCCCUGCUUGCAGACCUCAAGGUCAAUACAAAUGACUAUAAUACCGGGCAGACCAUCUAUCUGGUCUGCUUUCUGGCCGCUGAGCUUCCCGGUGGGUUGAUCAGUAAGAGGGUCGGUCCGUUUCGGUAUACGCCCACGGUGAUUAUUCUGUGGGGAGGUCUUUGUAUGGCUCAGGCGGCGAUGCAUGCUCGUUGGAGUUUUUGGCUGCUACGGGGUUUACUUGGCUUUGCACAGGGCGGUUUCAUCCCUGAAAUGGUACUGUAUCUGUCGUACUUUUACAAGAGCAACGAACUCCCGUUUCGCCUCAGCCUCUUCUAUACGGUUAUCCCGUUGACUCAGAUUUAUGGCAGUCUUCUGGCCGGUGGUCUACUAGAGAUGCGUGGUCUUCAGGGCUUAGCUGGCUGGCGGUGGUUGUUUCUUGUUGAGGGUCUCAUUUGCGUAAUCAUCGGCUUCAUCUCUUACUUUGUCAUGGCGCCUUCCAUCACUGAGCCUGCCUCCGCAUUCAAAAGGGCUGACGGUACCAACAAAUGGUGGACCGAAGAGGAAGAAAAGAUUCUUGUCAAUCGUCUUUUGCGCGACGACCCAACAAAGGGUGACAUGAACAACAGGACCGCUGUAUCAGCGCGAGGCAUGUGGGAGGCUCUCACUACAUAUGAUUUGUGGCCAAUCUUCAUUCUGGGCAUUUUUGUCUGGAUUCCUUUCCAGCCCACUGCAAAUUAUCUGUCAUUGACGCUGCGUAAUCUUGGAUAUACGGUAUUUGAGUCCAACCUGCUCGCCAUUCCUGGAUAUGCUCUCUUUGCAAUCAAUACGGUUGCGUUGGGCUGGCUCUCUGAAAGAUUCAACGAGAGACUGCUCAUCGCCGCCGGAAGCAAUAUUUGGAUGCUCCCAUUCUUCAUUGGCCUCAUCUGCAUCAAACCAGAUGCCAACCCGUGGGUUCGCUACGCCCUGCUCACCGGAAUCAAUGGCAUCCCGUACACCCACUCCAUCAUAGUCGGUUUGGUAAGCCGCAAUGCAAAGGCAGUUGGACGCCGGGCCGUGGCCGCUGCAGUAUACAACAUGACGUACCAAGUUGGAAGUAUUGCAGCGGUGAAUAUCUACCGCGACGGGGACAAGCCAUACUACUACAAAGCCAACAAGGGGCUUGUGGGAUUGUGCGUCUUUAAUAUCCUGCUGUUUGUCCUGGCGAAGGUGUACUACGUGUGGCGGAACCGCGUGAUUGUCAGACAGCAUGCUGAAACACCUGAAAGCGAAAAGUCCCGAAUGGUAGAUGCGCGAUUUACUCACUAA